AUGCCUUCUAUACUCACCGACGCCGACAAGGAAACUGUCAGGAGAACUGUUCCCAAGCCUGCGAACAAGAUUCUUGCUGUUGCUGUUGCGCGUCUCUACGUCGCAUAUCCAGACCCCCAAAGAUGGACCUACACCGGCUUACAAGGAGCUGCAGUGUUGGCAAAUGACACGGUUGGCCGCACUUUUUGGCUUAAGUUGGUAGAUGUAUCGCCUGCCGGGAGAGGGGUCAUAUGGGAUCAAGAAAUCUACGAUAACUUCGCGUAUAACCAGGACCGCACAUUUUUCCACACCUUUGAGCUCGAAGAUUGCCCCGCCGGGUUCUCUUUCGCAGACGAAAAAGAGGCUAAGACUUUUAUCAAAAAGGUUCACGAGCGGGAGAAGCACGCGACUAAGGAGACACGGCUGACGCCGUUUGCGUCGACUCGAGGCCAGGGCCCUGCUCCGGUGAUUAACGGCAAGCACGGGGUUGGUCGAUCGUUGUUUGGCAGCUUGCUUGGGCAUCGUUCGUCGUCUGGCUCUCACGCGCAAACGAUCACGCCUGCAGAACUACCACCUGCACCUUCAAUCCAGGUCGCUCCCCCGCCGCCUCCCGCUAGCCCGCCACGCAAGGAGUUGCCUUUUGACACUAGCGACCCGGCAUGGAAGGGCCUGUUGGAUGAACUUCUGCAAAUGGGUAUUACAGAGGACCAGAUAGCAGAGAACUCCGACUUCAUCAAGGCCUAUAUCGAGCAGAAACAAGGCGCUGCUGGGUCAGACUCUAGUUCAUCUUUUGCUGAAGAUCAGAGGCGAGGAAAGGCUCCUCCUCCCCCUCCCCCCUCGGCACCGCCCGCUCCCAAGGUGGCAGCCUUGAGCCCGCAGAACACUGGAAACAGCGGCGGUAGUAGACGAGGAGCGCCUCCGCCCCCUCCUCCAUCGCGCAGGACACGAGCCGAUGUCGACGAUGAACCGUCAACGCCUGCAUCGAACCGCGAGCCUUCGCCCCCAAGAAACCGUUUCCGUGCCCCUCCUCCAAUUGCAGAUGCCGGUAAAUUUGCCCAUCUAGCGGGAUCUGCAGCCCCUGGUCGCCAACGAGCAAUGUCCAGUACAAAUCCAGGCCCUCCGCCUCCCCCGCGACCUCCCAAGACGCCAGUGGAAGACAAUCACUCUCGUUUUGGCGUUCCACCUCCAUUCGACGGAGUGCGAAAGGUGUCCGCUCCGCCGGCACCACCUAGCCGUAGCCCCAUGCCUUCCGCACCGCCGCCGCCUCCGCGCACAAUGAGCCCUGCGGGGCCCCCGCAACUUCCACCCAAGAUUCCCAAUGCUGCAGCUUCAGGUCCUCCACCUCCUCCCCCAAGAAGUCCGGCUUCAGUACCCCCACCACCUCCGCCUGUACCUUCCAGCUCCCGGCCUAUUCCACCUCCACCUGCGAUUCCUUCGAUUCCACCGCCUCCUCCUGCGCCACCAUCGGCAAAUGCGCCUCCGCCGCCGCCACCGCCGCCCCCCGCUCGUCCUGCAGCAAGCGCAGCACCUUCGAUACCUCCACCGCCUCCUCCGCCUCCGUUCAGCACUGGACCCCCUCCCCCUCCGCCCCCCCCACCUGCACCAGGUGGCUCUGCUCCUCCUCCCCCUCCACCACCACCUCCAGGGGCUGGCGUGCCCCCUCCGCCUCCACCACCUCCAGGGGCUGGCGUGCCCCCUCCGCCUCCACCACCUCCCGGCGCUGGUGCUCCUCCGCCCCCACCUCCACCAGGUGCUGCACCACCGCUGCCUGCUCCUGACGCGGGUCGGAAUGACCUCAUGGCUGCCAUCCGAGCUUCUGGAGGAAAAGGUGGCAUUGGAUUGCGGAAAGUCAAGGACUCAGACAAGAAAGACCGCAGCGGUGCCUUUGUUCCUGGCUCUAGCGAAGCGACAGCAGCCACCCCAAGUACUGGAGCCGCGCCUGCAGGAGGUUUGGCUGGAGCUCUGCAAGACGCCCUGGCCAAGAGAAAGCAGAAAGUCAGUGGCAGCGAUGACGAAAAGGAGGACGACGAUGAUUGGUGA